AUGAAUCUUAAGGAGACAACUCAUUCCAAUGAAGAAGUUAUACUAGACGAUCAAAUAAAUUUUAAGUUAUCCGUUAUCGUCGACGCACAAAAUAUUAUUGAGUGCUUCAAUAAGUUUGAAAUGCAACUGCUUGUCGAAUUAUAUUUUAUUGAGCGUGAUUUUUCACCGGAUAAACUUUCAGUGAUGCAACAAUUGUGUAGUAGAUGUUACAAAUUACAUUUUAAUCCCCUUACUGGUCUGCAUGUUCAUGUUCCAAUUAUAUUUGAUUAUUUUCAUUUAUCAGCUGUUUUAAUGACCAUACACGGUUCUUUACUAUGUUUGAUUCCACCAUAUGUAUUUGAUAGACCAAACGCACAACGAUCGUCAUUGUUCAGUUUUCUUUUUGGUCAAGAUCUUUCGCAGAUUGUGAACGAUAAUGUUAAUCCAGCAUUGUUAGAUCGAGCAUACACAUUGCAUAAUAAUAUUUGCGAAAUACUUUUGUCUUCUUAUGAAACAUUACAAGAUUUUUAUGAAAAAAUGCUUGAAAAACUUCCGGAUAAUGAACAGAAACCCUCACAUGUACAUCAAAAUUGCCAACAGAAACGAAAUAAUUUAUGUGAGAAAUUGAGGGGUACAGAAGAUGUACACACAAUCGAUAACUUGGCCCAUGCUCAUAUAGCACAAUGUUCAGCAGAAAAUAUUAUGUUGUGGUGUCAAUUUAUUCAACUGUUUUCACUAUCUGAUUUACCAGCUCUUUCAUUAGCGAAAGAAUAUCAUUUUAAACGAGCCAGACGGUUUUCCGAAGGUUUUUUUUUACGAGAAACAUCUCGUCUUAAUUUACUUACAAAUGAAAGUGAUUCAUUCAAUGAUUUACAUGAAAUAGUUCGUAAUUCACCUUAUUAUUGUCGGUUGCCACCGUUACCAAUUGAAUGUGUUGAACUUGAUGGUGUUCCAGAUACAUUGCCAAUUAUUAUCGAAGAAAUCUAUUCUCCAAUACUACAACAACAAUCAGCAGUGAAGAAUAAUAUGAAUAAAAGUGUAUCAACUGCCGUUCAAAAUAACAGUAAAGCUCGUCCAAAUCUUGCAUUGUGUUUAAGAGGUAACGCAGACGAUACAAUCACAACACCUCCAACGUCACCGUAUUCUUCUUUGCCUCUCUCUUCUGCACGUACAGUAACAACUCCAAAAAUAGUCAAUACAUCGUUCACCUCCUCACCACUUACAACAAAUGUGGUGCCGUCAUCAUUUUCAUCCAGUUCUACCCCAGAUCGUCGUGCCGCUACGUUGACUCCCACACCCUCAGUGUCAACUCCAUUGGUAAGACAUGGUAGUACGGCAAAAGCAUUGUUAUCAUUUCGUUCACAAACACCUACAACAAAUCCAAUUAUUCCGUUUUCUGAUGAUCCGUCUAUACAAUUAACUGCUUAUCGUAAAGUUGCUGAUUCAUCCCCACAACAAGAACAGCAACCACAAACAUCAUCACCAUCAUCAGUGUUGUCAACAUAUCAAUCAGACUCUGAUUUAAAUCGUCGAACAAAUUCAAAAUUAAAAACACGUUUACAUAAAUAUGCUAGCCGUUAUUCAUUGCCAAAUGUACCAUUUGAACGUACAACAAAUGGAAAUUUAACCCCUACAAGUGCAUCGAUAAAUGACUCUCCUACACCCCGUUUUCUUCUAUCAGCAGACGAAAAUGAUGUUAGUCAACAGAAACAAAAUAAUAAUAUUGAUGAUAACGUAUUUGAUCAAAGUGCAGCUGCUACAUUCGGUGACAGUAGCUUUAAAAGUAAAGUUUUACAAGCAUCAUUUCGUGGAAAAAUGAAUACAAUUAAUCGUCAACGUUUCGGAUCUGACAGCUCGACAACACCUAUUCGACGACAACAGAAUGGUCAAACAUUACCUAACAACUCAAAUCGAAAAAGCCGUCAAUUAUUUCUUUCAGCCACAUACGAAAAACCCAUAACAGAUAUCAACGAUAUAACGACAACAAUGGAGAAUGAAAAUAAUGAUAUUGUCCGACCAAUUCCAAGUUCACUAGAUUCUAUGUUGAAUUUAACAUUAAGAUUGGAACAAUCGGCGUUAAACUCUGUUCGGGCAGCGUCAAGCAAAACUGAUAAUGACUAUCAUCGUCGACAUACUGUAUCAACACCAAAUGAUUUAAAUCAAUAUCAUGAAAAUUAUAGACGAUCCGAUGUACCGAAUGAUCCAUUAUUAAUAAAUGGUUUAACAUCUGAUGAAAAUACUUUAAAUCUUAUGGAACAAGCACACGAUGAAGUAAUAAAAAAAAACAAAAAAAAUCCACAACAACAAUCGUCUAAUGUAGCCACGAUAGAUGACAAAAAUGGCAGAUCCAUUGUAACUACAGAGACACAACAAGAAAAAGAGAAAAGGAUGUCGAAGCAUCUUAAUGUAGCAAUAACCAAUAAUAAUGGUAGAUUAACAAGUGCAUCACCAAAUAGUCAAAUCGAAUAUUUUGUAUUCAAACAAAAACUAAAAGAUUCAAUAGUGUCUCGCUUCAAUGGUGUCUUGUAUAGCGAUUGUUCAUCAAUAGUAUCGAAUACACCAUAUUUUUAUAGUGAACUGGUACCACUGGAUGAAAAUGGUGUUCAUUUAAUUAUAUGUGUGCAUGGUUUAGAUGGAAAUUCCGGUGAUUUACGUUUAAUCAAAACAUAUCUUGAAUUGUGUCUACCAUCAUCCAGAUUAGAUUUUCUUAUGUCAUCAUCAAAUCAUAAUACUACGUUUGAUGAUAUUGAUAUAAUGGUAGGAAAUUUAAUUAAUGAAAUCGAUACACAUAUAGAACGUUUUGGAAUUAAAGCACAACGAAUAAGUUUUGUCGGACAUUCAUUGGGUAAUUUAGUGGUACGAGCUGCUGUUGCUAAUCCCCGCUUUGAACGUUAUCGUCCAAUGUUAUAUACAUAUUUAUCGCUAUCAGGGCCACAUUUAGGCACUUUAUUUAAUUCAAGUGGAUUGGUUAAUAUGGGUAUGUGGCUUAUGCAAAAAUGGAAAAAAUCGUGUAGUUUAUCACAAAUGUCGUUUAAAGAUCAUGUAGAUCCAAAACAAACAUAUUUGUAUAAACUAAGCAAAAAACCAUGUUUAGAAUAUUUUAAAAAUAUUCUGCUUAUAGCAUCGCCUCAAGAUCGUUAUGUACCAUUUCAUUCUGCUCGCAUUGAAGUAUGCAAAGCAGCGUUGAAAGACACAGUUUACGGAUCGAUUUACGUUGAAAUGAUAUCAAAUUUGUUAGAACCUAUAAUAAAAAAUUCAUCGAUCAAUUUUGUUCGUUAUAAUGCGUUUCACAAUAUACAAUCUGGUACAAAUAAUUUAAUUGGACGAGCUGCUCACAUAGCUAUUCUUGAUUCAGAAUUGUUUGUGGAAAAAUUAGUUUUAGUUAGUGCAGCUAAAUAUUUCAAGUAG